AUGGAUAUAUACAGAUGCUUGAGCUUACUGUGCUUCACUUUUCCUCUGCAAGUUUGUUCCCAGGUCGGACCACGUGCCCACGCUGAGGAGAGGCUGCUCCAGAAUCUGUUUGCAAAUUACAACAAGCUCUCCCGACCCGUGCAGAACACUACGGACACGGUGCUGGUCCACUUUGGACUGUCUAUCGCCCAGCUCAUUGAUGUGGAUGAGAAGAACCAGAUGAUGACCACAAACGUCUGGGUCAAGCAAGAAUGGAACGACUACAAACUCCGCUGGAACCCCGAGGAUUAUGAGAACGUUACCUCCAUCCGUAUCCCCUCAGAGAUUAUCUGGAGACCCGACAUCGUUCUCUACAACAACGCUGACGGCGACUUCGCCGUAACUCACCUCACGAAGGCUCAUCUGUUUUUUGAUGGUCAGAUAAAGUGGAUGCCUCCGGCCAUUUAUAAGUCCUCGUGCAGCAUAGAUGUCACUUUUUUCCCUUUUGACCAGCAAAGCUGCAAAAUGAAGUUCGGCUCCUGGACCUACGACCGAGCCAAGAUCGACCUGAUCAGCAUGGACAGCAGCGUGGACCAGAUGGACUACUGGGAGAGCGGCGAGUGGGUCAUCAUCAACGCAGUGGGAAAGUACAACACCAAAAAGUACGAGUGCUGCACCGAGAUCUAUGCAGACAUCACCUAUUACUUCAUCAUUCGGAGGCUUCCCUUGUUCUACACCAUCAACCUCAUCAUCCCCUGUCUGCUCAUCUCCUGUCUGACCGUGCUGGUGUUUUAUUUGCCGUCACAAUGCGGAGAAAAGAUUACCUUGUGUAUCUCAGUGCUGCUGUCCCUCACAGUGUUCCUCCUGCUGAUCACGGAGAUCAUACCGUCGACGUCGCUGGUGAUUCCGCUGAUUGGCGAAUAUCUGUUGUUCACCAUGGUCUUCGUCACGCUCUCCAUCAUCAUCACCGUGUUUGUGCUGAACGUGCACCACCGGUCGCCACAAACUCACGGCAUGCCUCACUGGGUGCGGAGAGUGUUCCUGGACUUGGUGCCCCGAGUCCUCUUCAUGAAGCGUCCGCCGGGCACGGCAAAGCAGAACUGCAAGAAGCUCAUUGAGAUGAUGCACCGUCCGCCCACGAUAUCUACAACGGGCAACUCACAGGCCUUCUGGAGCGGCUUGGAGACGGGCCUCAGAGAGAUGGCCAAGACAGGGAACACGCUCCCAAAGACUCCAUCCGACAGUCCAAGCAUCCUCGUCUGCUCGCCUUCUCCCCCCGCUUUCCCUCUUGAGAACCACAACGAGGAAGAUCUCCCACCAAAGGCCAACAUGUUCUGCCAACCCAUGUCUGGUCAGUAUUCAGUCCUUUUAGAGAAACAAACCCUGCGGGGACACAACUCCGCAGCCUCGUCCUUUUCACAGCUGUCCUUGCCCCCGUCUUUGCCACUGGGCCCGGUUCGCAGUCUGUCCAGGGACGACACCAGCACACUGGCCCCCAAUGGUCGCUCUGUCAGCGCAGAGCAAAUGUGUGACCAGCAGCAGCAGCAUCCUCCGGGGGCUGGACAUCGGUGUCGCUCCCGCAGCUUUCAGUACUGCUGUCUGCACGAUGACGGGCUCGUUGGCAUCACAGGGCAAAUGAAGAAACCAACUCCGAUAUAUCAGUCAGCAGAAACCCUCACAGCAGAGGCCACCAAAGACGCAAGUACACAACAAGACACUGUAACUCCAACCAUAUCCCCAGCAAUGCAACAGGCCAUCGACGGGGUUCAGUACAUCGCCGACCAUCUCAGGGCAGAAGAUGCAGACUUUUCAGUGAAGGAGGACUGGAAGUACGUGGCCAUGGUCAUCGACAGGAUAUUCCUCUGGAUGUUCGUGCUGGUCUGCAUCCUGGGAUCCGUGGGACUCUUUCUUCCUCCUUGGUUGGCUGGUAUGAUCUAG